AUGGCGAGCAAUAGCCUCGCACCACCAGUGUUAGCUGUUGAGACACGAACACGUCCGAGGAGCGAUACAAAUGAAACUAGAGCCGUAACGCCGGCCGACUCGUUCGUGUCGAAUAUAUCAAAUCCUUUUAUAACACCAAUUCAUUCUAUCUCUUCAACACCAGAACCAUCGAAUUACGGAUCAACUGUGGGAUUAUUAGAAUCUAAUGAGGCUCUUCGUCCGGAUCCCGGGACGGAAGCCGAUUUCCAGGCCGAGAAUAACCCGUAUGCUUUCACCCCCGGACAUCUUAAUAAACUCCAGAAUCCGAAAUCAUUAUCCGCAUUUCGGGCUUUAGACGGCAUCCGCGGCAUAGCGGCGGGUAUACAGUCCGACAUCAAAACUGGAUUAAGUGUUGAUGAAACUACAGCACGGACAUCAAUAACAUUUAACGAAGCCAUAAGGAGAACAUCCAAUAAAUUUACAGAGUCCCCGGAGCGGAUAUCAAAAAGUGGUUCCGAGUCUUUUUCCGAUAGAAUAAGAGUCUUUGGGAGGAAUAUUUUACCAGCGAAAAAGCCCACACCAAUAUGGAAAUUGAUGUGGAAUGCUUAUAAUGACAAGGUUAUUCUCGUUUUAACAGUCGCUGCGGUAGUUUCGUUAGCACUCGGCCUUUAUGAAACCUUUGGGACGACACCGGCUCCAGGAGAUCCUCCAUCCGUGGAUUGGGUUGAGGGUGUCGCAAUUAUAAUCGCUAUCCUCAUCGUCACUCUUGUAGGGUCACUCAACGAUUGGCAGAAGGAACGGGCUUUCGUUAAACUUAAUGCUAAGAAAGAAGACAGGGAGAUCAAGGUCGUCCGAUCGGGAAAAGCUUUUAUGAUUAAUGUUCACGAUAUCCUCGUUGGCGAUGUUUUACACCUCGAACCCGGCGACCUGGUCCCUGUUGAUGGGGUUUAUAUCGACGGCCACGAUUUAAAGUGCGACGAAUCUUCAGCUACUGGAGAAUCCGAUGCCAUUAAGAAAACACCAGGAGAUAUAGUUAUAGAGCGUCUAAAAAUGGGAGGAAACCAGAAGGGCUUGGACCCCUUUAUUAUUUCUGGUUCCAAGGUUCUCGAGGGAGUCGGUACAUUCCUCUGCACUUCAGUCGGUGUUCAUUCUAGCUUCGGUAAAAUCAUGAUGUCUGUACGAACCGAAAUCGAGGCCACGCCGCUGCAGAAGAAACUCGAAAGACUCGCAGUCGCUAUCGCCAAGCUAGGGAGUACCGCAGCCGCCCUUCUUUUCUUUGUCCUCCUAUUUCGUUUUCUCGCCGCCCUCCCAACAGAUAUGCGAUCUAGCUCGGAAAAGGGCUCCGCCUUCCUGGAUAUCCUAAUCGUGGCCGUAACUAUCGUUGUCGUGGCUGUGCCAGAGGGAUUGCCCCUGGCGGUUACCUUGGCGUUGGCCUUCGCCACCACUCGAUUACUAAAGGAGAAUAACCUGGUACGCGUACUACGCGCCUGUGAAACGAUGGGCAACGCCACUGCUAUUUGCUCCGACAAGACUGGAACCUUGACUACCAAUAGGAUGACUGUUGUAGCGGGAAUUUUUGGUCGGUCGGAAUUUGCGAAAUCUAACGAUGAAAGGCCUAGCGCUCAGACUGUUUCUGAAUGGGCCAGUGGCCUUUCGCAGAAGACUAAAGAGGCCAUUGUACAGUUAGUCGCUGUGAAUUCAACCGCAAUCGAGGGCGAAGAAAAUGGCAAGCCUACAUUUAUUGGUUCCAAGACAGAAACUGCCCUUCUCCAGUUGGCUAAGGACUACCUUGGAAUGCAAUCAUUGGCUGAGGCCCGAGCGAACGAACAGCUCAUUCAUAUGAUCCCCUUUGAUUCGGCGAAGAAGUGUAUGGGCGCGGUUAUAAAACUGCGCGACGGAACCGGAUAUAGACUUUUGGUUAAAGGGGCUUCAGAGAUUCUCCUGAAUUACUGUAGCGAGAAAGCAGAAGUUGAUGCUCUCACUACAGCCCCGCUCACUGAUAGCGACCGUGAUGGAUUGAUAUCAGUUAUUGAUUCUUAUGCGAAAGGGUCUCUAAGGACGAUAGGAAUCGUUUUUAAGGAUUUUGCCCAAUGGCCUCCUACCCAUGCCGAAAUGGAAGACGGCCAUGUGCGAUUCGAUUCGGUACUGAAUAACCUUGUCUGGUUUGGCUUGGUUGGUAUUCAGGAUCCAGUUAGGCCUGGGGUUCCUGAAGCAGUUGAAAAAGCGCAAAACGCCGGUGUUGUGGUUCGUAUGGUGACCGGAGAUAAUGCAGUCACCGCUCAAGCCAUUGCUACCGAAUGUGGUAUUUAUACCGGUGGCUUGAUCAUGGAAGGACCCGAUUUUAGGAGACUUAGUGAGGCGGAAAUGGAUGCCAAAAUUCCAAAGUUGCAGGUGCUUGCGCGCUCAUCGCCCGAGGAUAAGAGAAUCCUCGUUGCGCGAUUGAAAGCUCUCGGAGAAACAGUAGCUGUCACUGGCGAUGGUACCAACGAUGCUCCAGCUCUCAAGACUGCCGAUGUCGGUUUCUCAAUGGGUAUUUGCGGUACUGAGGUAGCAAAGGAGGCUUCGGAGAUAGUACUGAUGGAUGACAACUUCACUUCUAUUCUAACGGCUCUGAAAUGGGGACGAGCAGUUAAUGACUCUGUCCAGAAGUUCCUUCAGUUUCAAAUCACCGUCAAUAUUACCGCCGUUCUUCUUGCCUUCGUAUCCGCUGUUGCCGAUCCAGAAAUGCACUCUGUGCUUACUGCCGUGCAACUCCUUUGGGUUAACCUCAUCAUGGAUACCUUCGCGGCCUUGGCGCUGGCGACUGAUCCUCCGUCUGAGAGUGUUCUCAAUCGUAAACCUCAACCAAAAAGCGCUCCCUUGAUCACAACAAACAUGUGGAAGAUGAUCAUCGGACAGGCCAUCUUUCAGCUCGCAGUGACGUUCGUACUGCACUUCGCUGGGUAUGCAAUUCUGGGAUAUGAUUCUAACAACUCGGAUCAAAAAACGCAACUCAACACCAUCGUCUUCAACACUUUCGUGUGGAUGCAAAUCUUCAACGAAUUCAACAAUAGGCGCCUCGAUAACAAAUUCAACGUCUUCGAGGGUGUACAUCGCAACAAAUUCUUUAUUUUCAUCAAUUUUAUCAUGGUCGGAGCUCAGAUAGUCAUCAUCUUUUUCGGUGGUGUCGCGUUCUCGAUCACAGCCCUCAACGGACCUCAAUGGGCUAUCUGCAUUGUCGCGGCUGCGGUUUCGCUCCCAUGGGCGGUCCUCGUGCGGCUAUUCCCCGAUGCCUGGUUUGCCAAGAUCGCCGAGACAGUCGGUAGACCAGUCGUCGUAGUGUACAAUUUCCUAGCUAAGGUGUAUGCCAAAGUCAGCAGCGCCUUCGGAAGAAUAUGGAGGAAAAAUACCCAAUCUUCGUUGGAAAACGAAAAAGAUUAUCCCUCAUCUCAAAGGACGGAUACAACACCCGAAAUUAUUGUAUCUGGAGAUGAUACCGCCCAUACAAUUAUGAGCCCCGAAAUACAUAUAGAGGAUAUAGAGCAGGGGCGUCGAUAG